GUUUCAGCAAGAUAUAGACAGGGAAGAAAUAAUCAAGUUGUUCAGGAAGCCAUGUUGUUUGUGUACUGGCGACCAGAGAGGUCAAGGUCAAUGAAACCGGUGACUCAUCCAAAAUGCAUGCAGACCGAAGUUUAAGGUGGCACCAAUUGCUUAGUUCAUCGUGUAUGUAGUUGUCACUCGAUCAUUGCGAAGACAGACCAAAAGUCUAUGAAACAAUGUUGAAAAUUCCUUAUAAUAUGACCACAAACACACUAAAGUUCCCCUUUUUCGGAGUUUUUCCAAAAAAAUAAUUUCAUGGGCGCAGACAUUUUUGCUGUAGCAUCAUGGGUAUAUUCAAGCUGCGCAUCCUCAGUACCUUCGGCGCAUGCGUACAUCGUGUGCAAAAUUUUUCAACGGAAAGAGAUAUCGCUGAAAAAAAGACUUGUUAUUUCCCUAAAAUAAACAAAAUCUACCCAUUUUGCGGUGUUUUGUAAAUGUAAACGGUAAAAUGGAUCUUUCUGGACUAAAAGUCGGUGUGAACGUUGAUAUUCAGCGUACCGAUGGUCGGAUUCACUCUGCUGUAAUUAGUGGGGUAAAUGCAGAUGCAAAAAGUGUGACAGUUGAAUGGUUUGAAAGGGGGGAAACAAAAGGAAAAGAGAUCGAGUUGGAAGCCAUACUUGCCUUGAAUCCAGAAGUGACCCAACCACCUCAAAAUAAAGAUGUUAAAGCCGCUAAGAGUGGCGAUGAACUGGAAGAUGACGAUGACGAUUACGAUGACUACAACAACUAUGAUGACGAAGAGGAGGAAGAAAAACCCAUCGUAAUUACGAGAAAUGCUCCGCCUCCUUCUCGUCCAGUUAACAAUGCUAAGAAUAAAGCCAACCAGGGUCCAACCACGAAUCGGGACAGUAUCGCAUCAAGAAAUAGCCGUACUGCAGGAAGUGCACCAGCUAAUGUGAAUGUUGGGAAUACUACGCUUCCGAGAGGCAUCAAAUCCAAAGCUUUGUUACCCUCAGCUGCCUCCCGAUCAAGCGUGCCCCAGCGGAACAACAAUGCUGCCCCAAGCAAUCAAGAAGUAGCCAAGAAACAAACGCCUGCUGCUAUUGCAGCUAUCAGUAAAGCGAAACAAGAAGAUGCUGCUGCCAGGAGGAAAUCAAACUGUGUUAAAGAGGUUGAAAAAAUCAAACAGCGUCGGGAGGAGCGACGAGCGGCCCAGAUGGCCGUCAAGGAAGACGAUGAUUUCGACCCCACGCUUCCUGGUUUCGAAUUUUUGAAAAUGAUCAGAGAAUUUUGCUCGAACCUCGACUACCGACCGAUAACCAACUCCGAUGCAUACGUGACGGACCAUCAGAUAUGUGUAUGUGUGAGGAAGAGACCUCUUGGAAAGAAGGAACUCAACCGGCGAGAAAUCGAUGUGCUGACGGUGCCCAACAAAGAAAAUGUGAUCGUUCAUGAACCAAAGACAAAAGUUGACUUGACCAAGUUCUUAGAAAACCAGACAUUCAGAUUUGAUUAUGCAUUUGAUGACACUGCUACGAAUGAGUUAGUGUACAGGUACACUGCUAAACCACUUGUAGAAUCUAUAUUUGAGAAGGGGAUGGCCACGUGUUUUGCAUAUGGACAGACAGGCAGUGGAAAAACACAUACAAUGGGCGGGGAUUUUACAACAAAGGGGCAGCAGGACUGCUCGAAAGGAAUAUACGCCCUAGCUGCUCGUGAUAUCUUCAAAUUAAUACACUCCAAGUAUAAGAAGGCAGAUCUGAUUGUAGGAUGCAGUUUUUUCGAGAUAUACAGUGGGAAGGUUUUCGAUCUUUUGAACCAGAAAACGAAGCUACGGGUUCUGGAAGAUGGCAAACAACAAGUUCAGGUCGUCGGCCUGAAGGAGGAGGGCGUCACCAGUGCGGAGGAUGUGCUACGGCUUAUUCAACACGGGAACAAUGUUCGGACGUCAGGGCAGACGUCGGCCAAUCAACAUUCGUCGCGGUCACAUGCUGUGCUGCAGCUGAUUCUGAGGAAAAGUACAACCAAACGACUUCACGGCAAGUUUUCCCUAAUUGAUCUUGCUGGCAAUGAGCGAGGGGCAGACACGAUGAGUUCUGACCGAAUGACCAGGAUGGAGGGGGCAGAAAUCAACAAGAGUUUGUUAGCGUUAAAGGAAUGUAUACGGGCUCUGGGUAGAAAAAGCGGUCAUUUGCCAUUCCGAGCCAGUAAAUUGACGCAGGUGCUACGUGAUUCUUUCAUAGGGGACAAUGCUAAAACAUGCAUGAUAGCCAUGGUUUCGCCAGGUAUGAAUUCCUGCGAGCAUACCCUGAACACCCUACGGUAUGCCGACCGAGUGAAGGAGUUGGGCGUGAGCGAUCCCGUCACCAGCCAACAGAAUGGACCACAGAACGAUGUUGGGGCCCUGUCACCACAAAACAGUGACCUGGUCAUGCUCAAAACACAAAAUAAUAGAAGAGAGGACCUUAGGCCCCUUUAUCAAGAUGAGGACUUGGAAGAAGAGGUGACGGAUGAGAUGCUGACAUUCCAUGAGGUGGUCAACCAGAUGCAAGAAAUGGAGGAGGAAAUCUUGGAUGAACACAAAAAUAUGUAUGAAUACAUGCCCAAGUGGUUAUCUGAGCACAAGAAACUGAUGAAGAUGACUGAAGAUGUAGAUUAUGAUGUGGAAUCUUAUGCCAGACAACUGGAGAGUCUUUUGACCAGGAAAAUCGACAACUUCACCAGACUGAAAGAAAAAGUUCAGACCUUUCGACAGGAAAUGCAAGAAGAGGAGACAAUUAGCCGGAAUAUCAAGAGCAAGCGACCACCUAAUAAAUGAGACCGCCAGAUUUAAACAAUUAGAAUGCUUGAACAGAACCGUGUUCAAGAUACUGUGUGCAGAGUAGGCCUAUUUUAGCUUCCAUUCCACAUAUUGUGAUUGCAUGUUUCACUAUGCUAGGUUGUAUGACUUUUUCAUGGCAGUGUUCUAACCAGGACAGUUGACAGAGAUGGCAAUGCAAAAAUACUUAAUGUGACCCAUCACAGCAGAACUAGGCACAGCUUGGAAGGUUGAGAGAGAAUCUUGUUGUUCAUUUCACUGUCGUCUGCCUUUCGUGAAAUCUGAGUGCAUCAGUUUCUUCAUUAUAUCCUGUUGUCAUCGUGUACCUGGUUUUGAUGUGACGGGUCGCAAAUGGUUAUUGAUUGUUGCCUAUUAUGAAAUAUUUCAAAUUCUAGAAAGCUACGCACAUGGGCUGCUACAUAUCUUUUAUCUCUGCUGUCUCUGGGAAGAAUACUAGCUGUGUUAUGUAGAUGCUUUCUCUUUGUGAACAUUUUAAGGACAAAGAUAAACAUUUUUAAAAGUUGGGCAGUUUCCCCAGCCGUUUGCUAUGAAAUUAGGCCAAAGCUAGUUUCAGUUAUGAGUCUUGUCAGUUUUAAGCCCUCUCUGAGAGUCGGAAUGCAUAGCUUGGUUAUGAGUCAAAGUCUGCUAAUAUUGCGCUACUGACGAUUGUUUCCGCAUGUAAUUACUAGCUAGGUGGAAACUGUAGACCCCCAGAACUUAGCACCUUCAGCGCCGAACCACGUCGAUCUAGGUGGCCCAAAUCCCCCUCCUCUUUGAG